AGCAAAAUUACAAUCGCUUAAAAUAAUUCAGCGAAUUCAGUGUUGGAGAAUGCCCAAGGGCUACAUGUGAUAACCGCGCCGGCUUUCUUUUUGCGAAUUUUGACAUUGCGAAUUACUUUAUUGUGAAGCGCUGCCGCAGAAUGUCGCUGCAAUUCCAAAACGACUGCGGAGAUUCCGUCAAGCAAGCAAUCAUCGAGGAGCUGCAAAACCUUCUCAGCUCAGACACAAGUGUGCUGCAGGAGGCAGAAAAGCGGACAAGGCAGCUGGAGUACACGGAAGGAUAUGGCGUCUACCUUUCUGAAAUCAUAAUGAACCAAGCGCACGAGCUGCCACUCCGCCAGAUCGCAAUUGUGAUGCUCACUCGGUAUGUUGAGAACCAUUGGUCGGAUGACCAGGACAUCAGGGGCAAGUCAAACGGCUGCACGGCCAGUGAGCAGGCAAAACGCACAAUCCGCAACAUCCUGCCCAACGGACUGUACGAUCCAAACUCUAAAAUCCGUUCAUCGGUCGCGCACACCAUAUCUACCAUAGCAGCCACAGAUGACCCCAAUGGUUGGACGGAGCUGUUCGACAUAAUUGUUAAAUGCUUGGGCGGCAAUGAAGACUCUAUUCAUGGAGCCAUGCAAGUCCUGCAGGACUUCACCUACGAUGUUAAGCAGAUCAAGGAACUUGGCCCGGUGGUCAUACCCGAAGUCUAUCGCAUCUUCGACUCUGAGCAGAAUUAUUCUAUCAAAACUCGAGUAUCCGCCAUCCGCAUCUUGAAGCCAUUGUUUGCUUCCAUCGCCACACUAAUCACCAACAAGGAUGAGCAGAGCACCAUGAUGAGCUCCAUCCUGACAAACUUUAUGGACAAACUUAUGCAUUACCUAAGCAUGAACAGCGGGGCCGGAUCGAGUUUCCUUCUCCGCUCAGAAAUCAUCAAGGUGUUUACUCAUUUGGUCAACGAGAUGCCGAAAUACAUCAACCCCUUCAUGGAUCGCGUUCUUCCAAUUGUUUGGCAGCUGCUCACCCAGAUAGCUGAAACGUACGUGAAGGUGUCGGUAAACCAGACUGAGUCAAAUCCGCUGGCUAGUGGCGACAGCGAGGAGGAUGACGAGCAGACCAAUUUUCAAACACUGAUCAUUCAAAUCUUAGAGUUUAUUAACUGCAUAUUGACAUGCAACAAAUUGCGCGGUAGUAUUAAGAAUGUGCUGACCGACCUUAUCUACAUUACAAUUGUAUACAUACAACUGAGUGAGGAGCAGCUAGAGGACUGGCAGGAUGAUCCAGAAAAGUUCGUGGACGAUGAGGAAGACGGCGGCGUGGAGCUCACCGUGCGCAUGUGCGGUCGCGACGUUCUUCUGGCAAUAAACGACGAAUUCGGGGCCAACGCUAUCCAGCCACUGCAGGAGGCUUUGGGCAGGCACUUCAGCGUGGCCGAAGCAGAAAAGGCGGCCAACAAUCCAAAUUGGUGGAAGAUCCAAGAGGCAUGCAUGGAUGCUGUACAUGCUUUCCGCGACAUUAUCCUUGAAGACGACUCUUCGUUUGACCUUCUGAACUAUUUGACAAUAGUUCGUAACUUGCUUGUUCACCAAGAAUCACCACCUCUCGUUGGUCGCGCCCUUUGGACGCUUAGCACCUACUCGAAGUCGGACCUUUACAAUCCACAGAUGUUGGCCGAGAUUCUUGAUGUCACUCUGUGCAGCCUGUCGCCAGAAAAAUCGCACAUCCUCAGGAUAAGUGCCGUCCGCACUUUAAACGGGUUCUUACAAGCAAACGAAACUAUCGAGGGAGAGAAACGAAAUUUGUUGGUGUCCAAGCUGCCCGGGUUUCUGGACGGAAUCAUGUCUUUGGUUCCGGGCUGCAAGGCCACAGUUUUAGCCCUGUUAAUGGAGGCUUUGACCAUAAUGGUUAAAUUUGAUGCUGAAUUCGCAUUCGCUAGCCAGGCAAAGAUCACUCCCCUGGCCAUUGCUGUAUUCCUUAAAUACACUGAAGAUCCGUAUGUGCUGGAAACUGUCCAGGAUCUUAUCAAAGCCCUGUGCCAACGCAAGGAGUGCCUAGGACCGCUGCAGGAAAAGUUUAUUCCAACAAUUGUGAGCAUUCUGAGUCUGACAGGAGAUGCAUCCACGGAGAAGCAGGACAUUGCCUUAGACGUUCUUAACACAAUCGUCCGCUAUACGGAGCCGCCGCUAAGUAAUUCUCUGCUAGAGACAGCCUUUCCCGCCAUAAUCAACUGCGUACUGCGUACGGACGACCAUGCUGUCAUGGUAUCCGGUGGCGAGUGCCUCCGCAGUUUUAUUAAUGUCUCCCCGGAACAGAUUUGCAGCUAUAAGAACGGUGAGGGGAUCAACUGUAUUAUGCAGGUUGUUGCCACUGUCCUGCUGAAUCCCAUGAACAGCGAAUUGACAGCGGCUGGCCAAAUUGGACGUCUUGUCAUCACUAUUAUUACCAAGAUGGGCAGUAUGCUCGGCCAGAAUGUGGACAUGCUACUGAAGGCUGUGAUAAGCAAAAUGCAGAACCUCGAGUGCCUGAAAGUGAUCAUGAACCUCGUUUUAAUUUUUGCCCAUUUGUUCCUUACACAAAUGGACGCCGUGCUCAAUUUUCUGUCCACCGUUCCUGGACCCAACGGAGAGCCAGCGAUGCAAUUUGUACUCACCAAUUGGCUAUCACGGCAGAACUCUUUUUUCGGAAACUAUGAACGAAAGGUAACCACCAUGGCUCUUUGCAAACUUUUUGAAUAUGGCGUAGCCACCCAGGACAACCGACUCACCACAAUAACAUUCAAGGAGUUGGUGGACGACCCCACAGAUACGCGCAGACGAACUCGGUCUGUGGCAGCUACAACCCAGAAGUGGGUGACCAUUCCGGCUCUAGUCAAAAUCUUUAAGGUUUUGAUUUCUGAGUACCAGCAUUUCCAGGAAAGCAAAAACGAUGAACCUCUUACGGACAGCGGCGAGGACGACGAGGAUGAAGAUGCACCCGGAAAUGCAUCCAAGCCUCGCUACAUCUCCGAUCUGUUCGAAUCGGACGAGGAUAAUGCUGAUGAUGAACAGCUUUUGCAGGAGCUGCUUCAGGAGACUAAUUACCAGGGCGAUAUUGGCGACAACCUGCAGAAGUUCCUUACUACUUUCGCGCAGAAUGAACACUUUCCCACUUUUUAUGAACACCUUACCGAAAACGAGCGCCUCAUCCUGCUCAGCAAAGUGCAGCAGAAGUAGCAGGCUGCAUAUAUAGGAACCCUCCUUUUUUAUAUGUUGUACGUCGAAUUGUGUUAAUUGUAUUUAUAAACUGUUGCUUACCCUUGAAUUGAAUACACAUUUAUAUAUUUUCUAA